AUGAUUGUUAUAAAUGGUAAACAGGCAUUCAAGAAAGCACACUAUGUUGGCGUACAAGCCGCGCAAUUCAAUACUUAUGUUACGUUGAAGUUACAAAACGUAAAAUCUACCACAGUUACAGUCAAAGGAGCUUCACCAUGUUGGGAACAAGACUUCUUAUUCGAAACCGACGAUGUGAACACGGGCCUGCUAAUCGAGGUAUGGUCCAAAGGGAUGAUUUGGGAUCGCGCAAUGGGGUACCACUGGCUGCCGCUGCCCUCCGUGCCUUACUCAAACGAGGACGGUGCGGGGCAGUGGAUAUCUCUGGAAGCGGAGCUGGUGAUGCGAGACGGUGAGGUGGUCGGCACAAAGGGCGCCACAGGGCACUCGCUUCUUGUCGACUGCCGAUUCGAACUACCUUUCGAUCUAGAAAAUACUGAGGGAGCAGAUCUCCAAAGGAAACUUGAGAUGUUGAAUAACAUCAUGGACCAGGAGGCGAGGGCGGAGCAGGCGCGGAGACAAAUUCAAUAUUAUGGUCAUUCUGGUUAUUCUGAAGACAGUGAUUAUACAUCUGACCUUAACUAUCCUGUCGGGCAACAUCCAAACUCUUCCGCCUCGCAAUUUAGAUCAGCUGCACAUCAGAUGCACACCCCGCAGCGCUCUUUGGAAACGUCUCGAGAAAACUCGUAUGAAAGGGAUGAUGGCCCACCAACCCAUCAGCCCUCUCAUGGUCCAUAUUCGCAGCAUCUCACCCCUGGAAAUCAUUACUCUCAUCAUAGACAGCGAUAUUCGCCUCACGACGACUACGGCUACGGCGGUUCUACGGGGCCACCAGACAACACCUACGGCCAGGUUAGGUCUUACAACAACGAUCCCAGCGAUCCAGAACCUUUAUUCUACAACAGCAGACCGAGGUCAUACCGAACUGAUUAUUCCAGCCAGCAGGAGGGUCAGUGGUACGACGGCCUAACAACCGGCGACUACCCCGGCUCGCAGAACUACGAAGAUUCGCUGUAUAAACAAAUGCAAAUUUCCGACACCGCCACUUACUUGAGCAACCAGGAACCGCCUUCGAGGAAGACGAGAGUAUCGAAUUCAAGAAGACCUAGCCUGGAACGCCAAGAAACUAUAUACAAUGAAUACAACGUUGCCUACAUGACUAACACCAGUUACGAUGGAAUGGGCUACCCGACUGGUGUGAGUGAAGAACACCGCCAGUGGGACAGUGGAGGAGGUCUUACUGCGCCGGCGGUCAACGGUAAAUGGAGGGCGCUGCCGGAACCACCGGUGGCGGACGUGUUCGAUAACCAAUGGUCUUCGAGAGUUCCGAGAAGGCGCAGUGGUUCCGUUUGUGGAGCCAGGUUGCCAAAGACACCAGCCGAAUUAACUCAGGACGAUUCUUUUAGUGCUACGGAGUACACGGACAUAAGCAACAUCACCUACCCAAGUUACCCUGCAACCGUGCCAACGCAGCGCCGCAAGUUGCCGCAGGCGCGACCGUCAAGUCGCUGCUCCAACAUUGCAGACUAUGUUAUGAACACGAACGAUGUGACCAUAUCGCAUAGAGGAGCCAGUUUACCGGCGACUCCUCCUUGUGGAACACCUACUAGGAAUAGAAGGUGUCUCCCUCGAACAACAACCCCAGGAGGCAGACGUCUUCCCCAAAUAACACCAGGAACUCGUCGAGGGCGCGGCAGAAGGCAGUAUCAAUUAAAACGAAAUGCAUCUGCCGAACAGUCGGAAGAUGUACCAGAUUAUUAUGAUCGAUCUGGUGCCAUGUCAGCAAUUCCUUAUAAUGAAGACUAUAAUUAUGCAUACAACAGUAGCAAUGACAAUCUAGAGGAUCAGAUGCUGGAUAAACCAGUUGCGGCGGUGACGCCUGCAAGGAGACAAGGAGGGGCUGCACUUCCACAGGUUCCUCAGGUACCCGCAUAUCAGCCUCCUCCAGAGGAAACUUACUACAGUGCCCAAGAAGACUAUAGUCGUCCUCGUCUAGGAGGUCGUAAAACGUACUUCGAGCAACAAAACACCGAUUCAUUAGAAUCCAGAGACGACGAUUUAAAAGCAGAUUCAUUUGACACAGCUUUUUCCAGUGUCAGUACUGCAUUUUACAAAAACCAGGAAUUUCAGGAAUACAAAGAAGAAUAUGACAAACCAUCAGUAGUGACUACGAGCGCCCAACAGCAAUAUUUUAGGGACCAACAAGAUUAUCAGCAACAAGUUACUACUACGUCGUCGACUCUGCCACAUGUUUCAAUGAACGGUACUAUUACCACAAACAGCAGACUACAAAACCAACGUGGUAUGCUCCGGCAGCAAGAAACAAUAGACCGAGGCGACUACCACGAAGACGAGUUAGACUACACAAUCAACAGUACGAAAGGUUACCUGGACAAACAGGACUCUGUAACAAGUUACAUCGAAGAAACAACUCCUUUACAACCUGGUGAUUACAAUAGCAAUAAAAAAUCGACGUUGAACCGCGAUUCGCCGUCAUCGGUAAUACAUAUCAACGAGAACAGUUUAAUAGAACCGUAUCAAAGUGAAGUGAUGGACGAUAAUUACGGGUCUGAUGAGUAUGCAAAAGACGAUUAUGGGGAAAAAGACAAUUAUUUAGGUUCGCCGCAAGUGAAAUCCCCGCCUCAGAAGGAUAAUGGAUACAUAACCUCACCGCCACAUAAAGAUAAUGGUUACAUAACCUCACCGCCACAUAAAGAUAACUACAUCACAUCACCGCCACAUAAAGAUAACUACAUCACAUCACCGCCACAUAAAGAUAACUAUAUUACAUCACCUAAAGAUGCAUAUGUGUCAUCACCUCCUCGUAAGGACAGUGCGGACGAUUACCUUGAUACGGAACCUUACGAGGAUGUUCACGAACCGUCGGACGUUUAUAUCGAGUCGCCGCCGCCGCGUAAGCCGUCGCCUCUUAUCGAAGAGCCGACGCCGGUUGAGUCGCCUGCCGCCGCCGACGAGGCGGACAGCGAGCAGGCGACCGAGAAGAAAAGUGUUUCCUUCGAAGAAGAGGAGAAGGUUGUUAGGAGGGAAGUCACGGCGAAGCAGAGGUGGCAUUGGGCGUACAAUAAGAUUAUACUGCAGUUAAAUCCCGGACAAUUUAAACCUAAAAUCAGGGUGAAGGUUACAAUAAUUUAUAAUAGGCUGUGA